AUGACAGUUGGGGACAUCGAAUAUUUACCAUACAAGGGCGAAUCACAAAUACAAGAGCUAAUGAGCCUUAUCGAAAGGGAAUUACCAGAACCAUAUUCAAUUUUCACAUAUAGAUUCUUUUUAAAUCAAUGGCCAGAACUUUGUUUUUUAGCAUAUUGCAAAGGUGUUUUGGUUGGUGUAAUCAUUUCAAAAAAACAACCCCAUAAAUUAUUACAAAGAGGUUAUAUUGGUAUGAUUGUCGUAGAUAAAGAAUAUAGAAGAAAAAAGAUUGGUUCAACACUUGUAAAAAUAACAAUCGAAAAAAUGAUUGAAAUGAAUUGUGACGAAGUUGUUUUAGAAACCAUUAUAACAAAUAUUCAAGCAAUUUCUUUAUACGAAAAUUUAGGUUUUAUCAGAUUAAAAAGAUUAUUUAGAUACUAUACUAUGGGUGCCGAUGCCAUAAGAUUAUUUCUCCCAUUAAACGAUAAUUUUAUACCACAAUAUUACAACUAA